AUGGUUGACAAGUUCGAUCCCAACUUCACCCAAAAUGUCAUCAAUGCCACAGGUCCAAAGACAGACCCUCGUAUGCGAGAGGUGAUUACCUCGCUCAUCCGCCAUCUCCAUGACUUCGCUCGCGAGGUCGAACUUACCGUUGACGAAUGGAUGGCCGGUGUGAACCUAGUCAACUGGGCCGGCCAGAUGAGCAAUGACAAGAGAAAUGAGGGACAGCUAGUAUGCGACGUUUUGGGUCUUGAAUCUCUCGUUGAUGAAAUUACUUUCUCUCGCGCUGCUAACGCACCCGAUGCCGCUACAGCCACCGCUAUUCUCGGCCCUUUCUUCAGAACCGACGCUCCUCACUAUCCUAAUGGCUCGAGCAUUAUCAAAACCCCUCCUGCCGAGGGCGGCGAGGUCACCUAUAUGCACGGCAGAGUCGUUGACUCUGUUACCGGAGAGCCAAUUGAGGGAGUGGUGAUCGAUGUCUGGGAGGCAUCCACCAACGGAUUGUACGAGCAACAAGAUCCAGAGCAGGCAGAUUGCAACCUUCGAGGAAGAUUCACCACAGACAAGGACGGAAAAUACUCCCUCUACUGCCUAAGGCCAACCCCAUACCCAAUUCCUUACGACGGCCCGGCUGGAAAGAUACUUCAACUCCUUGAUAGACACCCAAUGCGUCCAGCUCACAUUCACUUGAUUGCCCAACACAAGGACUAUAAACCAAUUACCACGCAGAUCUUUGAUAGCGAGGACAAAUACCUUGCCAAUGACUCCGUAUUUGCUGUCAAGCACUCUCUUGUGGUUGAAUUCAAGCCUCUGCAAGGAGAUGACAAGGCAACCAGAGAAGUUCAGUACGACUUGAAACUCAAGAAACAAGGUUAA